GCGAGUAAUUCCACAGAGAAAGAUCACUUCAGCUCUGCAAGGAUAUUAAAAGCUGUAUAUUAUCCACGCUGCUCUGAUUGACCGUGAGUGGGUGGAUUGGGUGGAUGUCACGCGCGGAUUGAUCCCUUCAGUUGGGGGGCGCGUGGGGCGUCAGAAAGUUGCCUCUUCAAUGGGUCCCCGACGCGCAAAAUGAAACGGCAGCGGGGAGAAUGGAGCGUGUGUGGAACACCUCGUUGGAGUUCGGGGGAUCUCAAGACACCUUUACCGCAUCUGACCGAAACCUGCCGAGAUUCUGCGGCAGUCAAGUUAUGUGAGGCGAACUUUUAGAAUGGGUUCUCUCGCACGGGACUGUGAGGGAUGGCAGCUUUUCAUCAGAACCCGAACCCGGACAUUCGGAUACUCCUCCACAGACUUUUAGCCAUGUCCUCUCUUGGCAUUCUCUGCGCCUUUCUCGUUUAUUUCCUCGCGGGAUGUUGCGUUUCGGAUCUAACUGAGGAAUCGUAUAUCAAACCGCCAACGAGUUUUCUUCUGUCGGGGUGGUAUCGGGAGAGAGUGAAUGCCACUCGGGAGAAACUCAGCGAUGUUGUAACGGUACUGGACGAAGGUCACGGGUACUCGGCGGAGACGAGCACUGGUUCUCCGGGUUUAGAGACAAACAUUUCGGGUAGGGACUGGACGGCGACCCGAAGGCUACCACAGGCUCUCAUCAUAGGGGUCAAGAAGGGAGGCACGCGGGCUUUGUUGGAGUUUCUUAGACUGCACCCGGACAUCCGCGCACUGGGCUCAGAGCCGCACUUCUUUGACCGACAUUACGCGCGCGGGCUGGAUUGGUACAGAAGCAUGAUGCCCAGGGCCCUGGACGGCCAGAUCGUCAUGGAGAAGACCCCCCGCUACUUUGUCACCGUGGAGACGCCGGCGCGGGUGCACGCCAUGUCCGAGGGGGUGAAGCUGAUCGUGGUGGUGAGGGACCCCGUGACCAGGGCCAUCUCCGACUACACACAGAUCAUCUCCAAGACGCCCCACAUCCCCGCCUUCGAGAACCUCGCCUUCAGGAACCGCUCCACUGGUCAGAUUGAUUCCAUGUGGAGCCCUCUGUGGAUCGGCCUGUACGCCCAGCACCUGGAGCGCUGGCUGGCCUGGUUCCCCAGGGCCCAGAUCCACCUGGUCAGUGGGGAGAGGCUCAUCUCCGACCCGGCUGGGGAACUAGGAAAGGUCCAGGACUUCUUGGGCCUCCAGAGGAUCAUCACAGACAAGCAUUUCUACUUCAACAAGACCAAGGGCUUUCCCUGUCUGAAGAAGCCAGAAGGGAGCAGCAAGCCUCACUGCCUGGGUAAGACCAAGGGGCGAACGCACGCCCUCAUCCACCCGGAUGUCAUCCAGACACUGAGGGACUUCUACCGGCCACACAACCAGCGCUUCUACAAGAUGGCCGGACAGGACUUCGGGUGGCAGUGAUCGACCGUUUGCGCCCUGGGCGCACCUGGCAAAACGAAAGUUGUGGGUUCAAAUCCCAGACUGUAAAUGUGUUGGCUGGAUGAAACAAGCCGUAUCGGUGAUCGUUUGAGUCGGACUGAUUGCUCUGCGUCCUGACGUUGCUAAGUAGGUCGGUUUUCAUUUGGCUGCGAUUAGGAGAAUGGAGAGAGAUUUGUCCUGGGGUAAUGUGUCAUACAGCCCUGAAGACAGAAGACAGAAGACUCUGGCACACUGCACAUUGAGCGAGAGAGAGAGAGAGAGAGGGAGAGAGAGAGAGAGAGAGAGAGGGAGAGAGAGAGAGAGAGAGAGAGAGAGAGAGAGAGAGAGAGAGAGAGAGAGAGAGAGAGAGAGAGAGAGAGCGAGAGAGAGAGAGAGAGACUAUGCUCGUCUAUAGUCAACAGCGUACGUUAAGCCUUGUGCGCAUUAGUGAAAAUGUUCUGCCAAUGCAAAGUAGUGAAAACAACAACAACAUCAUCAACAACAUCAACAACAACAUCGACAAUAUAAUCAGCAACAUCAACAACAAGAUCAACAACAACAUCAACAACAACAACAUCAUCAAACAACAUCGACAACAAAAACAUCUUUAACAACAUGCCGGCUAUCUGUUAUCAUGCCUCCUGGAUUUUCACUUUCCUGACUAUAUAUACAAUUCUUCAACUAUUUUGAACCUCUUGGCUUCUCAGUCUCAGUGCAUACCCUUCUAAGAACUAGUAGGCAAUCAGUAUUUAUAUUGUACAUCCAGCAUCCCCUCCUACUUUCGUACUUCUAUUAUUAAUCUCGGAAAGAGGAGGAGGAGGGGGGGUGUUUGUAGAGAACAGCAGAACAGUGAGUGAGUAGCAUAUAAGUGCUCAGUGGUUUUUGUACAGUUUAAUAAUGGAUGUGAAUAUUAAAGUGGAUGUUGAUAGGACCCACUCUGGGAUGUACGUAGGUGCCUGGUAAGACAGAUCUAGGAUCAGCUGAGGGGGUCCUAACCCUGACUUAAACCACUAUGGGGAGGAAUGCA